ACUUAGCUUGCUCUCUACUCUUCGUUGGUUUCAGCUCUUGUCUAACUCACUCGGUCUCCCUCGCGCUCGCCCUCUCUCUAUCGCUUCCUCACUCGCGGCUCUCUUCUCUUCGGGGUUCAAUCUGUACGCCAAAUGACUUUUGACCUCAGUUGCGUUCAGCCGCCGUCGUUUCUUUGCUGUGAUUUUGGGUUUAUGAGCCGUGGGAGACUCUGGUAUUGUUCUCAAAAGAUCUCCUUUAGGCAUUGGACUUGGCCCGUUUUCUACGCGUCAAGUAUUUUUUGAUCCUUUUUCUUUUUUUGGAUUCUUUGUUUUGGUUCCGCUGCUUUAGUCUAAGCAGAAUCACAACUUCCAUAUUCACUUGCUCGUGAAUUUAAGUUGUUUAUUAUUGGGCAUUGAGACUUCAAAAUUGUGAUGGGUAAAAACUGGUUGGCUCCGGGGUUUAGAUUUCACCCUACUGAUGUUGAACUUGUUAAAUAUUAUUUGAAGAGGAAAGUAUUGGGCAAGAAGCUUGCUUUCGAAGCAAUUGCUGAGCUCGAUAUAUACAAAUAUGCGCCUUGGGAUCUACCAGAUUUCUCGUGUUUAAAGACAGGAGAUCUAAAAUGGUUCUUCUUUUGUCCCAUUGAGAAGAAAUACGCCCGAGGGGUUAAAUUUAAUCGGGCUACCAUGUAUGGUUAUUGGAAAACCACUGGAAAGGAUAGAACUGUUACAUACAAUGAUGCAGUUGUGGGGAUGAUAAAAACUCUAGUUUUUCACCAAGGUAAAGCUCCACGUGGGGACCGAACAGAUUGGGUAAUGCAUGAAUAUCGACUUGAAGAAAAAGAAUUGGCCGACAGAGGGGUUGUUCAGGAUACAUAUGUGCUUUGUGUUGUUUUCAAGAAGGAUGGUCUGGGCCCAAGAAACGGUGCCCAAUAUGGAGCACCAUUUAAGGAGGAAGAUUGGAGUGAUGAUGAGGACGUAAAUUUGGUCGGCACUGGCUCUCUUUCUGGCAUGUCUACGCUAGCCGUUGGUGGUGCUAGUAGCUCGUGUGUCCCUGAAAGCCUUUGUGCUGGAGCAUCUGUUGCAUCAAGUGGGUUGUAUACUCUACCUCGAGUGGUUCUUACUAAUGCUGCUGCUAGUGUUACCACUGAUAUUGAUAGUAAUGCUAAUGCUGCCCCUACAGUUGUGGAUGCUCCUCAAGUUCCAGUGGUUGUUGAUAAGGCUGUUCCUGCAUCAACGGAGGCUCCUCAACUUGCUCAAGUUCCUCAAGUUCAAGAAUCAAAUGAUGACAUUUUAUCAAUGUUGGAUUUCUUCAGAGAAGAUGAUGCAUUCAUCAUUUAUGACAAUGGUCAAGUGAUUGGUACUGCUAAUGAUUCUUUCUUUGAGGCUCCUCAAGUUUCUGAUGAUGAUGAUAUUUUGUCCAUGUUGGCAUCCUUCACAGAAGACAACAAUUUGAACAGUGUGUUGUAUCCCUUUGAAUAAGUUGCCACAAAAUAUAUACCCUUUACAUAUAACAACUAGUCUGCAUUUUAACGGUCUUGAUGAGUUAUUGUGUUAUUAGGAAUAAAUUUUCAGUUGUGCUGCUGCUGCUGCUUGGUUUACCAUUGUUCUAUGUAAGUGUUUAAUUUGAGAAUGAAAGUUGUGAUGACUACCUUUUGGAAUA